CGUCCCGAUCCCCCUCCCACGCGGCGGCCGGGCCCCAGGGACCCGGCUGUGCUUGGGGGUCCCACUGCGUCGUCCAGUCGGAGAUUCUCGCAGGGACCUGGCCUUGAGGGGUGGCACGGCCUCUGGGGUCUCGCCGCCGAGACCCGCUUCCGAUUUCAUUGGUGGGGAAGGUGCAGAGCCGACCUGGGAGCUGCCUGUCAACCAGCGCGCCCCCUUCCCCCGCACGGGUCCCUCCCAGGAAGGCUGCAGUUGGGGCCCACCCUCUGUGUCCCCGGGUAGUUGCUUUCUCUGGCCUGGCCCGAGGUGGGGUGCGCCAGCCCCUAGGUUAGGAGGAAAGGCCUCAGAGAUAACCCUCACAAGCCCAGACGAAUCCAGUCAUUGACAGCUGCAGCUGAGGAAUCCCUGCAGGGAGGGGGCGCCCAGACGCUGUCUGUCCCCCUUCAGCCUUUCUACUCCAAGUAACAGCGGAACUCUGGCUGAUACAGCGAAAGGCCCGGUCCAGAGACAGUUUGAAGAGGAAGCUGGGUUCAAAUUCUUAAGUCCGUCUGUCACCUCCCACCCUUGAAUGCAUGUCUCAAGCUUAGGCAUUGGGACUACCCAAGCUUCACCUUCCUUAGUGUCCUUCUGCCCCAGACAGGGUGAGUGCCCUUCCCAGCCUGGUAGGAUUUUUCCCCGUGCCCUUGGCCAGAGAGAGUCAUUUGCUAGGAAUGCAGCCCCGGAACGGUUCUGUGUGUUUGUGUGGCUGGACUUCAGGGCCCGAGGUAGUGAGUUCUGCACGCUGUAUGGGCACCAGGGAGCAGAGAAUUUGACGUCUGGAUUCCCCCCAGAACAUGUUCUGUGUGCCAGGGAAAACCUAGCCCAGUCUAGCCAGCCCCAAAAUGCUCACCCAGGAGAACCAAGCCGUCUUCCAGCCGUGGCGUGUGUAUAGUUGACUGUGAAGUCUACUCCUCGGUCUUUGCACUGUCUCUGGUCUACGACAGGAGGAGGGCAGCUCUACCAGGCUGGCUUAAACCCAGACAGGCGAGUGCCCCUCCCCCAACCGGCCUCCACAUUCACCCACCCAUGGGACAGUACACCAAAAGAUAGCAUCUCGGGCUCUUUGUACAUGCCAGCGCUUCAUACGUGCCCUGUCUGCUGCCUGUGCCAGUCCUGUGAAGGGCAUCUCUCACCACUUUACACAUGGAGAUAAGACCAAGACUGGGCGAUUCAUUCUCCUAGGUGGCAGGGCUAAGGCCUGAGCCAAUCUCAUAGCUCUGCCCCGUGAAUUCCAGAUGAGCAGAGGUCCCGGGACCCUAAAAUCAGACACUUCGUGUAUGAGGGUAUGUGCUUCUCUCUGGGCCUGGAACCCUGGGCUUGUUUGAGAUUCCUUGAGAUUCCUGACCUCACAUCAGGGUUUCCAGCUGCUAAAUUCAGCUGCCUUUUCCUCUUGGGGAUCUAGCACACACCCUUCCUCUUUCUUCAGGCUGCCUCUCCAACUUCCCUUCCUGAUAGCACAGAAAUAAUGGUCUCCUACCUCUGCCCCACCCCCAGACUGAGCUGAUGUCCCCUGGAACUCUGUCCUACAUGGUCUUACCUGCAGAGGACGGCCCUCCCGUCUUUCCCCGUUGGCCUGCAGGGUUGGCUUUAUGCCCAGCUCUGUGCCAGGCUGCCCGGGGAGGGCGUUUGUACCUGCUCCUCCUGCUUCUGCACCUUCCACGCAUCUCCGAGCAUCAGCAGUGUGGGGUGACUUACAUGGAUCAGCAUCUUCCUGACCCUUUGUUCCACAUCCCUGCCCACUUCCUGGUGGGUACCCCACAUUGUCGUCAGUCAAGGAAGGAAGAGACCAGGACCCCACUGUCUUCAGUACGUGGCCCUGUGAGCAUCAGAUCUGAAGUCUUCGGUCUCCGACCCCAGAUUCUUGCUUAUUUCUCUGCCUCUAGAUGCUUUGUUCCUGCCCCUCUGUCUGAUCUCACAUGCCACCUCUCCCCUGUCUCAGCUGUCUCCUUCCCAUCCUAGCUAAACUUCCCCCAGAGAAGGAAACAGCUGCCUCCUCUGCCCUCUCCAAAUCCUUGAGCCACUUUGAACUUGCUUUGCAGCCUAGGCUGGUCUGGAACUUGCAGCCUUUGAGUGCUGGGAUGGUAGGUGUGAGCCCCUGCCCAGCUCUCUCUAGGGCUUUCUCUUACUUCGCCAUGGCCACCUGACUGUCCUACUUGCUCUCCAUCCACUUCUGAGGACCUCCCACCUCCAGUCACUGUUUCCACCCCCAGCCCAGCCCUGUCCUUACUUAAUCCUGCCUCGGUCUGUCUUGCCGAUUUCACCCUCACCUUUAGCAGUGGUGGCCUUUAGGACUGAGUCUCGGUGGCUGCUCCUCCUUUCCAGGCUUUGGUUCGUGUGUGUGUGUGUGUGUGUGUGUGUGUGUGUGUGUGUGUGUGCAUGCGCGCACGCAUGCUCGCACACUUCAGGAUACUCAUGUAGUAAGGUAUCGUGGAGCAUGUGGGCACAGCUCUGUGAGCCCCUCACGCUCAGGGGGGGGCGGGCCGCGGAGACAGACCCUGUUCCACACGUGUUCUCGCUGCCUGGCAGGGGGUUGUCAGUACAGUGAGGGGUGGGGAGAUGGAAAGUGUCCACAGUCCCAGGAGCUCUGUAGCAAGUCCCUUGGGUGCCCAGCUCAGUCUGCACACCAAACUCCGUGGUGCCUCUUUAAGCUGACUUUGCUUCUGCAGCUGGCCUCGACAAAAGUCUGGUCAGCUUAAAUGUUCCUGAGGCUGCUCUGCACACAGUAGGUACUCAAGAAAGACUUUUGAGUGAGGAACAUGGUGGGUCAGGGACAGUCUGGGCUACAUACUGAGGCGCUGUCUCAAAUAACCAAACUCAAAACAAAACCUCCAAAUCCAAAAAUCUGUGCUUGAACUCUCCAUUUGUCCACUUCCUAUCCUGGAUCCGUGCUCCUAGCGAACCUCUCUAACCCGCCCUAACCUGUUUGUACUGUGUAAGUUUGUUUGUGUUUGAGACAGGGUUUCACUAUGCAGCCCUGGCUGGCCUUGAACUCGCUGUGUACACCAGACUGGCCUUGAACUCUGCCUCUGGAGUGCUGGGAUUAAAGGCACGCACCACCACUUCAAUAAACCUUUACCUAACGCUGUGAAGGUUUGUGGGAGGUUUGUUCUCUUCUGACUGGAUGUUUGAGGGUCCAUUCUUUCUAAUCAGAUGACUUCUGCUGGUGCCCAGCACAUAGUAGGCACUCAAUAAAUGAUUAUGAAAGAACUGAAUGAAUGCCUGGCAGGGUGCCCGCCACACCCUCAAUACUGAGUUACUUGAAUGUGUGAAUGAACUGGCUCUGAGGAUUUGCUGAAUGUAAACCCAGCUUGCCCCUGGCCCCGAGCCAGCCUCUUCUGAGCCCCUCCUCAGUGAGAUGCUAAUACUCAGGAGUAUUCGCUGCUGGGCCGCUGGCUUGGGACACAGCCCGAAGGCUGAGACUUAAGCAAGCAGCUGGGUGCAAUUAGAAAAUGAGAUGUCACGGAGGAAAAGGAUUAAACUUACCACUGCUUGGAAGCAUGGGCUUGGAGCUUCCUCCACACGGGGCUGCUACCCAGUGUGGCCCCUCGAAGAUCUUCACCGUGAGUGGCAGACACAGAUUCGCUCCUGGCCCAUUUGGAAAUGCCAUAGUCAGUACCGAGUCCCCUCCUGCUGCCCGGCACCCAGAAGAGGCUGCUGAGCCCCGGGCCAUGGUCCCCUCUCGCAGGACGUGGAACUUGGGAGCCACGCCUUCACUGCGGGGCCUGUGGAGAGUGGGCCGGGUCCAGGAGCCCAAGCCUGGGAUGGCUCGCCCCGCCCCAGCCAGCCCAGCCGCCCGCCCUUUCCCACACACCGGCCAGGGGAGAUUGAGAACUGAGGAGCUGAUGGACAAGUGUGGACCCCAGAAGCCACUGUGGCAACUAGAGAGCCCCCAGUAGGGCCUUGGGUACCCUCCAGAGAAGAAUCUCAGGGUCCCUUUUGGGCGUGGAAAGGACACCCUAGCUGGUGGUGAGGAAGACUCCAGCGCCCGAACUGCGGCUCGCCCGUCCCUGGCACAGUGUCGGGCCCUCAGUGUGGACUGGCCUGGCCCGAGGAGUCCGCAUAGACUCUACCUGACAGUUCAGCAGGCCCUGCAGGACAAGGGGUACGAGAGCAAGAGUCAGGGGACGAGAGAAGACAAGCUCCUGAAGAGGCAGGCGCCAGCCCCCAGGCGGGACCGGGAGGCCCCAGAAGCUGGUGGCGCCAUGAAUGUAGAAAACACAGGUGGGCGGCUCUUUGGCAUCGGGAGGUGCUCAAGCCUGUCGGGGUCACCAGGCCCAGACCCCGUGGUACAUAGGACGGUGGAGGCCAUGUCCCAGCUUCAGGAGGAGCUGGUGGUCCUUCGGGAAAGGCUGGCCCUCCACGACAGUGACCGGCAAGCCACAACUACCCAGCUGCAGAACCAGGUGGAGCAUCUAAAGGAAAAGCUCAUUAGCCAGGCCCAGGAAGUGAGCCGACUUCGAUCCGAACUGGGAGGCACGGACGCGGAGAAGCACCGUGACAGGCUGAUGGUGGAGAACGAGCAGCUGAGGCAGGAGCUGAGGCGCUGUGAGGUGGAGCUGCAGGAGCUGCGGGCACAGCCCGUGGUGCCCUGCGAGGGCUGUGAACACAGCCAGGAGAGCACCCAGCUCCGCGACAGACUGUCCCAGCUGCAGCUGGAAGUGGCCGAGAACAAAGGCAUGCUGUCGGAGCUGAACCUGGAGGUGCAGCAGAAGACCGACCGGCUGGCAGAGGUGGAGCUGCGUCUCAAGGACUGCUUGGCUGAGAAGGCGCAGGAGGAGGAGCGGCUCAGCCGGCGCCUGCGUGACAGCCACGAGACCAUCGCCAGUCUGAGGGCCCAGUCCCCGCCGGUCAAGUACGUCAUCAAGACAGUGGAGGUGGAGUCAUCCAAGACCAAGCAGGCCCUCAGCGAGUCCCAGACCCGAAACCAGCACCUGCAGGAGCAGGUGGCCAUGCAGCGGCAGGUGCUGAAGGAGAUGGAACAGCAGCUGCAGAACUCACACCAGCUGACAGUACAGCUGCGCGCUCAGAUCGCCAUGUAUGAGGCAGAGCUGGAGCGGGCACACGGGCAGAUGCUGGAGGAGAUGCAGUCCCUGGAGGAAGAUAAGAACCGGGCCAUUGAGGAGGCCUUCGCACGGGCCCAGGUGGAGAUGAAGGCAGUCCAUGAGAACCUGGCAGGUGUGAGGACUAACCUGCUAACUCUGCAGCCUGCCCUGAGGACCCUCACCAAUGACUACAAUGGGCUCAAGCGGCAGGUGCGGGGCUUCCCGCUGCUGCUGCAGGAGGCGCUCAGGAGUGUCAAAGCUGAGAUUGGCCAGGCCAUCGAGGAGGUUAAUAGCAACAACCAAGAGCUGCUGCGCAAGUACCGCCGGGAACUGCAGCUGCGCAAGAAAUGCCACAAUGAGCUGGUGCGGCUGAAGGGAAACAUCCGGGUGAUUGCGCGAGUCCGGCCAGUCACCAAGGAGGAUGGGGAGGGGCCGGAGGCAACCAACGCUGUGACCUUUGACCCGGAUGAUGACUCCAUCAUCCACCUGCUGCACAAGGGCAAGCCUGUGUCCUUCGAGCUGGACAAGGUCUUCUCCCCGUGGGCCUCACAGCAGGAUGUGUUCCAAGAGGUGCAGGCCCUCAUCACCUCCUGCAUUGAUGGCUUCAACGUCUGCAUCUUUGCUUAUGGCCAGACGGGCGCCGGCAAGACAUACACGAUGGAGGGGACUCCCGAGAAUCCAGGCAUUAAUCAGCGGGCCCUGCAGCUGCUGUUCUCUGAGGUGCAGGAGAAGGCAUCUGACUGGCAGUAUGACAUCACCGUCAGCGCGGCCGAGAUUUACAAUGAGGUCCUCAGAGACCUGCUGGGGAAAGAGCCUCAGGAGAAGCUGGAGAUCCGACUGUGCCCAGAUGGCAGUGGGCAGCUCUAUGUGCCGGGGCUGACGGAGUUCCGGGUGCAGAGUGUGGAUGACAUCAACAAGGUGUUUGAGUAUGGCUAUAACAACCGUACCACGGAGUUCACCAACCUGAACGAACACAGCUCCCGCUCACACGCUCUGCUCAUCGUCACAGUGCGUGGUGUGGACUGCAGCACAGGCCUCCGCACCACGGGGAAGCUGAACCUGGUGGACCUGGCUGGUUCGGAGCGUGUGGGCAAGUCAGGGGCUGAAGGCAACCGUCUUCGAGAGGCACAGCACAUCAACAGGUCACUGUCUGCCCUGGGGGAUGUCAUUGCUGCCCUGCGUUCCCGACAGGGCCACGUGCCCUUCCGAAACUCCAAGCUCACCUACCUGCUGCAGGACUCUCUCAGUGGUGACAGCAAGACUCUCAUGGUGGUGCAGGUGUCCCCAGUGGAGAAGAACACCAGCGAGACCCUGUACUCCCUCAAGUUCGCUGAAAGGGUUCGAUCCGUGGAGUUGGGACCUGGGUCCCGCCGCACAGAGCUGGGUUCCUGGUCAAGCCAGGAGCAUCUGGAGUGGGAGCCAGCUUGCCAGACCCCACAGCCAACAGCUCGAGCCCACUCUGCCCCUGGCUCUGGGACCAACAGCCGCCCGGGCUCCAUCCGCAGGAAGCUGCAGCCAUCGGGGAAGUUGAGGCCAGUGCCUGUGUGAGGACGUGUCAUGCUGCCAGGCCUGGAGCCCGGGCUGGCUCCUGCUGUAACACCUACCAUGAAUGCAGGAGACGGAGGCCCGUGUGGAGGCCCUCCCGCCCUGCCUAUCCUCAGAGAUGAGAAACAUGUUCAGAAGGAAGCGAGUCUCUGUGUGGCUCUAGGCACCCAGGCAUGGGCUUCUGGAAGGGCAGGGAUGGCCCUCUGCCUGGGAGGCCGAGGCCAUGGAAGUCCAUCCCUUGCAGGGGAGGGUGGCCCCUACUAGUGGGCACGGCUGAGGAACCAGCUGGGGGUUGGGGAGAGCAAGAGCAUCUCUGCUCGCCCUCCUGAGGAGGGGACCCCUCACUGGAGCGUGUACAUAAUGUUCCUAGGUGUAUAUAGGAGCCCUCACCCUGUGGGGUCUGGGCUGUAUUUAUGGCUGGCAGAGGCCAGUGGACGGGGCCGGGUCCUGCUCAUCUGCCUGACACCAGGCACUCUCCCUGCCCACUGAUUCUCAACAUGUUCCUCUCCCCGAAUCCUAUUUAAGAACUUUUGGAAGCUUAGCCAUUUUUACUUAUUAAAGUUAAUGUCUUUUUACACAA